GUCUAGACAUCGAAUUUAGAAUUUUGCAUUCGAAUGUAGCGCAAUUUGUCGUUUGAAUUCGUCCCGUCUUCUCUUUUCAUUGGAGUUGGAAGCGGACUGCUAUUAUGAAAAUACGCGCUGCAACACUGUAGUAAACUGUUAUCAGUGGUUCAAAAUAUUCAAAGAGCAGUUGUCUACAAAAAAACACCAUGAGUUUCAACGAAAGUAUAGCUUCUCUAAACAAGAGUAUCGACUCACUUCAAGUGCAGCAAGAUAUUCUCAUUGGCUCCACCGACACACUACUGCUUAUGCUGUCCGGUGUUUUCAUUUUGAGUUUGCAAGCCGGUUUCGCCCUUCUUGAGGUUGGAUGCAUCAAAGUCACCAAUGUGAAUGAAAUCUUGUUGAACAACAUAGUCGACUUCUGUAUUGGUACUGUCGCUUAUAUACUUUUUGGUUUUGGCUUGUCAUUUGGAAAGAGUGGCGGGCAGUUUGGUGGCGGCAGCUAUGUCGCUUUGGUCGGCGCUGAUAACAUAGGAUGGGUCUUCUUUCAGUAUACAUUUGCCGCUACUGCCACGGCUAUUGUCUCAUCUGUUAUGGUUGGCAGAACUUCCUACAGGGCAUACCUUAUAUAUUCCUUUAUAACAACUGGCAUCGUCUAUCCAAUUGCUGUCCACUGGGCCUGGUCUGGUGAUGGAUGGAUGAGCAACGGGCCUGGCGGCGUUUCCUAUCAGGACUUUGCUGGAUCCAGUGUGGUGCAUUCACUCGGAGGGGCCUGUGGCGUUUGUGCCUCGAUUGUUCUUGGUAAAAGAAAGUUAGAGGACGAAAUCGUUGACACUGGCUCAAUUCCACCUUCAUCGCCUGCGUUGGUUACCCUUGGAUACUUCAUCCUGAUCAAUGGCUUCUUCUGCUUCAACUCCGCAUCUCAAGGCGCAGUAUCGGGCGCCGAUGAUGUUGCUGUUAUUACAAAAGUACUCAUCAACACUGGUUUGGCAAAUUCGUGCGGCACACUGAUCACUCUUCUUGUCCAAGAAGUUAUCCUUGGUGUUGAGCCCGGUUACUGGUUGUUGCUCGCUGUUGCAAACGGUGGUCUUUCCGGAUGUGUAUCUAUAUGUGCCGGCUGCAAUGUUGUGUCCUUUGGAGGUGCUUGCAUCAUUGGUGCGAUUGGUGGCCUAAUUAGUAUGUUGUGGGCAAAGAUGUUUCACCUGACUGGCUUUGAAGAUCCAUGUGACAGUACAGCGGUACACUUGUCUUGUGGAAUCUGGGGUACAUUGGCCUGUCCAUUGUUUGACGCCGAACAAGGGUUCUUCUACACUGGUAGCAGCAAAUCGAUGAAACAAUUUGGUUGGAAUAUGCUCUGUUGCAUGUGCUUUAUACUCUGGGGCGUCUGCACUAUGUUUCCAGUUUACAAGACGUUAGAUAUGAUUGGCAUUUUACGUGCUGAUCACGAGAAAGUGGAGCACGAACUCGCUCUUCAUGAGCACGAUGAUCCCCAACAACAGCACGAGCUGGAGAAUAUGGAAAGCUCCUUCGCCGCACUUCCUGGCUCUUCACAACAUUCAGCCAAAACAAAAGAUUCACCGCCGAAGUACAAAGUUGCCUCAGUUGCAGCAGCUCCAUCAGAUUUUUCUGAUCAUCUUUCUGACAGCACGAGGCAGGCAAAUAUAACCACCGAAAUGUAAAGAUAAUUCCAAUACAGUAAAUGUCCGCAUAUGGUGUUUGAUUUGUAGCUUAUUCAUGAUUUUUCAAGAAAAAAAGGCGAUGAACUGUUUUAUCUGGGUUGAACUUUCAUAGUGAAGCGCAAGUUACUAACUGAGUUUCAAAAAUGCUGAUAAAAGAUGUUGUAUAGCUUAAUUUUCCACUCCGUAAAACCCAAAUGGUUUAUUAUAAAAUAAAUUAUAGCUUAAAUUUUGCUAUCCACCAUAGAGUACCAAAGUGGAUGUCAUCAAAAAUGUAUUUUCAGAAUUUCUUAGUUUUGACAGCAUUAUAUGAAAGUUCGGCAUAAAAAAU